AUGGUAAGCUCCAGUUCGCCCGGCGUAAAUGUCUCACCAGCUAAUAGCGUGGCUACAUCACGUGUCGUCGUGUCUGACAGUGACGUAGCUCGUGAUGGUGACGCCAUCUUACCGAGCACCCGCCAAUCAUACCGCGCGGAGGACGAGGGUGGUCAUGUAAACGGAGCUCCUGCUGCCGUCGAAUGGAGCCAAAGCGGUCCGCCCUCGAUUUCUAUGUCGGUUGACCUGCAUAAUCUCAUCAAUCCGAAUCUCGAAGACUCUGGACAUUAUUCCGCUAGUCCCGAACACGCCGAUGCCUCUGCGUUACCUUGUAACGUUAAGUCUGCGAGAAAUCACGAAGAAGAGGAAAGUUACGAGGCGUUUGGAUCCGUCGAGGGUGACGCUGAUGACGGGGUGGAAUCACCAGGUGGUAGCAGUUCCGCGCCUUCACCCACUGGCAACAGUUCUCUCAACCAGCUUUAUCGAAGCGGUAGCUUCAAUAGCUCUGGCAGAGGCUCCAACUGUGAUCCCGCGGACGAUAUGUACAGCGAUGUCUCCCUCGAGGAUGAUGUCAUUGAUCUCAAUCAUAGAAUGUGCGCUGCUAAUACACCCUGUCGAUCACCACCACGAUCAAGAUCUCCAACAGAAAAUCCAGCAGAUGAUGUCAGAUUCCAUCAACAACAUCCGGCUCAUCCACCACCUUACGCUUACUACCCACCGCCUUAUCCACAUUUGAAUCCAUAUAGCCCUUAUCCGUAUCAUCCUGGCGGAUUUUACACACCGUCCUACUGCAGCAACGAUGUGCCCCAAGAAACGAAAGGUUCCCCUUGGUUCAGCAUUCUGUUACUGAUCUUUUUGUUGGUGUGUGUCAUUAGCAUUGUAUUCUAUCGGUCUCGCGAGAUACGGCGGAGACUAAACGUCAGGUUGCCUAACUUAGUGCAACCAGCACAGACCGCGAAGAGAAAAAACGAUGCGAAACAGAGUUACCCCACUGAAUUUAUUCUAUAUUCUGAUGUAACUGACCCGCUCGACAGAGAUUUCAACAUUGUCUGCGAGGGAUGCGAGGAUCAAAGUAGAAAUUACUCGAACUGUAUAUGGGACAGAAGUAGAAACGAAGGUAUCAUAGAGUACUCGUCAGACAACAAGAUCGACGUUGCUACAGAUAUAUCGGGCACAUUUAUGAACGAAAUUACUCGAUCGGUCGCUUCUUAG